CUCACUUUCCCCACACCCUCAAACCAACACAACCACAACCAACUCCUCAUCUCUCUUGUUCUCUCUCUCUCUAUCUCCUCUGCAAUGGCUGGAAUUGUUCUGCUCUGCAUUUCAUCAUUGGUCUCUCUUUUUGCUGCAACCACUGCUCGAAUCCCUGGAGUUUACAGCGGUGGUCCUUGGCAGAGUGCUCAUGCUACUUUUUAUGGUGGGAGUGAUGCCUCUGGAACAAUGGGUGGUGCUUGUGGGUAUGGAAACUUGUACACACAAGGGUAUGGAGUAAACACUGCAGCACUGAGCACAGCACUGUUCAACAAUGGCUUGAGCUGCGGAGCGUGCUUUGAGAUGAAGUGCGACCAAGAUCCACGUUGGUGCAACCCUGGGAAUCCUUCAAUCCUCGUCACUGCCACUAACUUUUGCCCACCCAACUUUGCUCAACCCAGUGACAAUGGUGGCUGGUGCAACCCACCUCGCCCUCACUUCGAUCUCGCCAUGCCAAUGUUCCUCAAGAUCGCUCAGUACCGUGCCGGAAUCGUCCCCGUCGCUUACCGCCGGGUACCAUGUAGAAAAAGUGGAGGCAUUCGAUUCACGAUCAACGGUUUCCGUUACUUCAACCUGGUGCUAAUCACCAACGUCGCGGGUGCAGGGGAUAUCGUGCGCGUGAGCGUGAAAGGAGGCAACACCGCGUGGAUGAGUAUGAGUCGUAACUGGGGGCAAAAUUGGCAAUCCAACUCUGUUUUGGUGGGCCAGACCCUCUCCUUUAGGGUCACCGGCAGUGACCGACGCACCUCAACGUCAUGGAACGUGGCACCAGCUAAUUGGCAGUUCGGACAAACCUUCACCGGAAAGAAUUUCCGUGUCUGAGAAUUUUCAUAGUUUCAGUUCCCUGCCAUCUAACUUUCCUCUAUUUUCCCGGGAAAGUUUUUAAGUAGCACUGGUAGGGUUAAAAGAAAAAGUUCACGUAGCAUUAGGAAAAGUUAAAGUGAAAAUAAGUUUAUUAAAAUAAUAAUAACAAUAAUAAUAAUAAUAAUAAUAAUAAUGAUUAAUAUAAAUGUAAGUUUCAGUUGGGGAGGGGGGAGUUCUUUGCAUUAAAUGUGAGUGUUUCUAAAAGUAUAAUGUCAUGGGCGAUGCUGCUGGUAUAUUAAUUAUCCAGCAUAGCAAAUCUUUUUUUUAUCUUUCUGUUUUUAGUUUGUAAUUAAGGUGUGUGGGACUGGGGGCUGAGGAGGUUGCAGAGAGGAUACAUGUAGCCCGCAGCUCUAUAUUGUCAACAUAAAUUGAAUAAAUAAAAAUAUACUACUAUUUCAGUUGUUAUAA